GAAUAAGUGACAAUUUGAUACCACGGAAAUAAAUCUAUAAUUUGUUCGAACCGGAAGAGCACGAAAAUCUGACAGGUGGUUCAUAAAAAUUAUGCUUUGUUUAUUUUCCUUUGUAUGGCAACAGGUUGAUAGUGGUGUAGAAAUUGCAUUUAUAAGUAAUCAAUAGUUGAGGUAUGUAAAUGGAGUAUGAUUAUUUGAUAAAGUUUUUAGCCUUGGGCGACUCUGGAGUUGGGAAAACAAGCUUUUUAUACCAAUAUACAGAUGGAAUUUUUAAUUCUAGAUUUAUAUCAACUGUCGGAAUCGACUUUCGAGAAAAGAGAUUAGUUUAUCAAUCUAAAGGGAGAAAUAGCAGAAUUCAUCUGCAACUAUGGGAUACUGCUGGACAAGAGAGAUUCCGCAGUUUAACAACAGCUUUUUAUCGUGAUGCAAUGGGUUUUUUACUGCUAUUUGAUCUAACUAAUGAGCAGUCAUUUCUAGAAAUUAUUAACUGGAUUGAGCAAUUAAGGCUUCAUGCCUAUUGUGAUACACCCGACGUAGUUAUUUGUGGAAACAAGGCUGAUUUGGAUGAAAAACGUGUGGUUACUGAAUGGAGGGCUAAAGAUCUCUGUGAAAAAUAUGGAUAUCCAUACUUGGAGACAAGUGCAUUUACCGGACAGAAUGUGAGCAGAGCCGUCGAGGUUCUGUUGGAGAACGUAAUGACUCGAAUGGAAACGGCUGUUGAUAGAGCCUUGUUGCCCGGUCGCCGAGGCAGGCCUAGAGAUUCCACCGACGUGGACAUGGAUUAUAAUACCCAACAGAGUUGUUCAUGCUAACCAACCAAUGUCAUUCCAAAAGAACAAUCAAAUCAGUACAAUUAUAUCCUUAUCACAUGCAAGAUUUUUAUGAAUGUACUUGUUUGGAACUUUGUUGCUGUAAUUGUUAAUUGUACUGUUAUUCUUAAUGAAUCAUUAUCAUGAAUGAUGUGUUCCCUCAAAUAAAAAGUUAUUUUCAUGGAGAUAUUAAAAUUUAUCUAAUUUUAGUCAUAUCAAUAGAUAUAUAGGUGUUUAAAAUUUUGAGUGUAUUGUUUAUAUAAAUCAAAAUUGUUAUGUGUUAAAGUCAAUAAAUAUUUUACUACCCGAAACAGCCUAAAAUCGUUAUCGAAAACUUCUGUUAAAGCUGAAGGCCUAGCAUUUUUAUUGUUGCGUGACUUAAUAAACUAUUUUCAUUACUA